AUGUACAAAGCAACGAUUGGUCGAUUUUUCAGUCGUCCACGCGAAUCCCAAGCCUCUCCCCAAACCACUAAAACUCCUUCAAGUCCGAGUCCAAUGCUAAGCAAGUCGGCUCAUAUAGUUAACCAUCCUAGUCAAACCGAAACAAUCCCUGUAGAAUUCGAGCACCAUAAAAACCAAAACAACAACAAUGUGAUGGUUUACUCGUCGAAUUUCUACUCAAAUGAUUUGAGCCAAGAAGUUACUUUGCCUCGAGGUAAGAAAUUGGAUCAUACUAAGACUAACGAAAGGUUUUCUGAUUAUAUUGUGAAGGUCAAGGGCAAGAUGAGGACUGCAUCGAAUGUUGAUGCUGUAAGAAUCACUGCAAAGAAAACUACUGCUAAAAGAGACAGCUUUAAUGAUAAGGUGUUGGCUUACAUAAAUCGAGCUAAGCUCAAGAUUAGAACAACAAGUGUUCGCGACGAAAAAGAAUUCUAG